AAGUGUUUCUGGAUACUCUGGUGUACCCUGGACCUGGCUGCCUUUUGCUCAGAGCAUUCAGCAUUUCAGACUGACUUCUGUGGCUUGAAUGGUAUGAGUAUGUGAAAUGUCAACAGAAGUGCCAAACAUUAAACUGAAAAUUGAUCCUCGGAAUCUGCAGAUACAGACAUUAACAGUGGAGAAACUACUGGAACCACUGAUAAUUCAGGUUACGACAUUAGUGAACUGUCCACAGAAUCCUUCUAGUAAGAAAAAGGGCCGUUCCAAAAGAGCUCGUGUCUUGCUUGCUUCCGUGGAAGAAGCCACUUGGAAUCUGUUGGACAAGGGAGAAAAAAUUGCCAAGGAAGCAGUUGUGUUUAAAGAGGAACUUCACGCAGCUCUUACUGAUGUGCGGAAAGAGAGUCAGGCCUUGCAGGUGUCGGCUGAGGCGUUCACCAGCGAUCCCUGCUCCCUGCCCAGGAGGCAGGCUGUUGUCCCAGCAGCUCGCUCGCUGCUGGCCGCUGUCACCAGGCUCCUCAUUCUGGCCGACAUGGUGGACGUGGCCUAUCUGCUGCAGCACCUGACGGUGUUUCAAAGAACAUUUGAAUCUUUAAGAAACGUAUCCAGUAAAUCUGAUCUACAGAAAACCUACCAAAAGUUUCAGAAAGAUCUGGAAAAUCUUGAUUACUUGGCAUACAAACGUCAGCAGGAUUUGAAAUCUAGCAAUCAGCGAGAUGAAAUUGCUGCAGCACGUGCCUCCCUGAAGGAAAAUUCUGCUUUCCUACAUUCAAUAUGUUCAGCUUGUUUGGAACAUUCAGAUGUUGCAUCCCUUACAGCCAGCAAGGAUUCAAUUUGCAAUGAAAUACAGAAUGCUCUCAAUGUAAUUUCUAAUGCUUCCCAAGGAGUUGGAAAUAAAAUGGAGCAACCUGCAUCUCGCACAGCUACUCUGGGAAGUGCACUUGAUGAGCUUGAGAAUUUAAUAGCCCUGGAUCCUCUGGUAGUGCAUGAAGAGAAGGUGAGGCCGUCCCUGGAGCAGCGGCUGGAGGCGAUCAUCAGUGGGGCAGCGCUGCUGGCUGACUCCUCAUGCACGCGGGACUCGCACCGUGAGCGCAUCAUCGCUGAGUGUAGCGCCAUCCGCCAGGCCCUGCAGGAGCUGCUGGCAGAGUACCUCCGCUCCACUGACAAGACAGAGAGAAGCGAUGCCUUGAAUGUUGCCAUAGACGGUAUGUGCAAGAAGACCAGAGACCUCCGCAGACAGCUCCGGAAAGCCAUUAUAGAUCACAUCUCAGACUCCUUCUUAGACACCACUGUUCCACUGCUAGUUCUCAUUGAAGCCGCUAAGAAUGGAAGAGAGAAAGAAAUAAAGGAAUAUGCUGCUAUAUUUCGAGAACAUACCAGCAGGCUUGUGGAGGUUGCCAAUCUUGCUUGUUCAUUGUCAACAAAUGAAGAUGGAACGAAAAUUGUCCAAAUGGCAGCUAAUCACAUUGAGACUUUGUGCCCACAGGUUAUUAAUGCUGCUUUAGCUCUUGCUGCCAGACCAAAAAGUCAAGUUGUGAAAAACAACAUGGAGAUGUAUAGGAGUACGUGGGAGAAUCACAUCCGUGUUCUUACUGAAGCUGUGGAUGAUAUAACAAGUAUUGAUGAUUUCCUUGCUGUUUCAGAGAGCCACAUCCUGGAGGACGUGAACCGCUGCAUCGUGGCGCUGCGUGAGCAGGAUGCCGAGGGCCUGGACCGUGCUGCCGGCGCCAUCCGUGGCCGCGCCGCCAGGGUCGCGCACAUCGUGGCGGGGGAGAUGGACAACUAUGAGCCCGGAGCCUACACCGAGGGGGUUAUGAUGCACGUGCAGCACCUCACCAGGGCUGUGAUUCCAGAGUUUAUUAGUCAAGUAAAUAUUGCAUUGGAGAGCUUAAGCAAGAACACGGUGCAUCUGUUUGAUGACAACCAGUUUGUGGACAUUUCCAAGAAGGUGUACGAUACAAUUCAUAACAUCAGGUGCUCAGUCAUGGUGAUUCGGACACCCGAGGAGCUGGAGGACGUGUCUGACCUGGAAGACGAGCAGGAUGCCCGCAGCCGUACCAGUGUCCAGACCGAAGGGAAGACUGACCGGGCCAAGAUGACUCAACUGCCAGAAGCUGAAAAGGAAAAGAUAGCUGAGCAAGUGGCUGAUUUCAAAAAAGUCAAGAGUAAGCUUGAUGCAGAGAUUGAAAUCUGGGAUGAUACCAGCAAUGACAUAAUUGUUCUGGCCAAGAGGAUGUGUGUGAUUAUGAUGGAGAUGACUGAUUUCACAAGGGGGAGAGGCCCGCUGAAGCACACAUCCGAUGUCAUCAAUGCCGCCAAGAUGAUCUCAGAGUCGGGCUCGCGCAUGGACGUCCUGGCGCGGCUCAUCGCUGGCCAGUGCCCAGACCAGUCAUGCAAACAGGAUUUACUGGCUUACCUAGAACAGAUUAAGCUAUACUCCCAUCAGCUCAAGAUCUGCAGCCAGGUGAAAGCAGAAAUCCAGAAUCUCGGUGGAGAGCUCAUCAUGUCUGCACUGGACAGCGUCACUUCACUAAUUCAGGCCGCCAAAAAUUUAAUGAAUUCUGUGGUGCAGACAGUGAAGAUGUCAUAUAUUGCAUCCACAAAGAUUAUCAAGAUUCAGAGUCCUGCUGGCCUACGACAUCCAGUUGUGAUGUGGAGAAUGAAGGCUCCAGAGAAGAAGCCCCUGAUAAAAAGAGAGAAGCCAGAAGAAAUCUACGCUGCUGUCAGAAAAGGUUCUGCAAAGAAGAGAAUCCAUCCUGUGCAAGUCAUGAGUGAAUUUAGAGGCAGAGAAAUAGUCUGAUAUUUUGCCACUGUCUUCCUAUCUUGAAUUUUCAAUGAUUUUUCAUAUUUUCCUGCACUUAUUAAUAACUAUAUAUGUCAAUGUUUUGCUCUAAAUCUGUAAGAUAACACUUGCUUAAAUUAUUUGAAAAUGCUGUUGGAUUAAUUAGAAGUGCACAGUUGAAAAUAAUCCUGAUUCUCCUGCAGUGACAAACUCUGGUGUCUCUGCACAGCUGGGCCCAUGCUGCAGCUGGGACGGAGCCAAGUGCCAAGUGCCCAAAGCCAGCCUGCAGUCACCAGGCAUUAGGAGCUCCCUCAGCCGGGGUGAGAGUGGCCCUGCUGCAGUGGAUCUGUUUUGUGACGCACAGGAUUUCAAACUGGUGCUGCUGGGCCAGGUCUGUGAUGGACAUCAUCACCUGUGACCAGGUCAGCUGGGCUGCUCAGCUGAGCCCAGAGUCUGGGCCCUAAACCUCGCAUCCAGAGACCUGUCCUUGGCCAAGGCCAUGCCUUGGAAAAGUAAGCUUGAAAAUGUCUGGGGGAACACGAAGUGUUGGAACAAUGUGGAUGUAAUAAUUUAGUAAAAAAAGCACUGACUGCAAGCCAGCAGGGAUGACAGCUCUUUAGAAGGCUUUUGGAAACCUGAACAGGAAUCUGUGUUCUACCCCUUGCUCUCUUCUGUGAGCCCCAGUAAAUCUGCUGUUACAUUUGGCAGUUCAGAUAAAUCAGACAUUAACAAUAAAAAACUUAAUUGCUGCAUGAAAGAACAACUUUGAAAUAGAUCAUUAUUCUGAGACCAGUCUGUGAAAUACACAUAUCUUGAAUCUUAGGAAUAGGGAUUAGAUACUUUUCCAAAAAUAGAUACUUUUCCAAAGCAACUCUAGGGAAUUAGGUCACUUCUGACUGAUGAGUCCUGAGACUUCUGCAAUGUACUUAAGAAAAACUAGUUUUUUCUAAAUACUUUUGAAUCUGAAAUCCACUUGGUUUAAUUUUUUUAGAAGGCUCUAACUUGCCUUUUUGCUAUGUCAUGAAUUUUCCCGAGACUGCAUUUGUUACUCAAGAUGUCUUUGCUUGACCAUUCAGUGGAUCCUUUGGCAUGGCCUUCUACAUUUCCUAAGGUGAAAGGGCUCCCUCAAAAGCCAGAGCUUCCUGUGUGUCACUGACUGCCAUUAUGGGAUGGCUCCACAUGCUGGGCCACUGCUCCAGGUCAUUUCUUACCAUGUUUGCACAGCAGUGCCUGAUCUAGCCCAGUGUGGGCAGUAAGAAUAACCCUAAACUGUGCCUUUCCUCUUGGGGCUGUUUGUAAGCUCAGGACACUGGGGCAGGGUAAUUUCUAGGCUAUUGGUUAUGUAACCCCAUGGAACUAUAGUGCUCAUGAAUUAAAAAUUCUCCAGAUCAUUCUUCCACACCUUCUAUAACGUUGCAAUCAGUUAAAUGGAACAAAAGAAAAGGUUUGGAAGAAAAUCGCCUUUUUCCAACUCCAGUUCUGUCCAGCAUGUUUGCAUCAAGAUCUUGGUGGUGUCUCCUGGCUUUGCUGCUCCUCCAGAGGCAGCAGGUGUGCUGACACAGCCUUGUGACCUGCUCUGGGGCUGUGACUGUCCUGAAACCCUCCUGUCUCCAGGUUACACCUUUGAUCCUGGUCACCUUGACAUCAAACAUUUGUAACUAAUGCCUUGAUAUCACAUUAUUAAAAAAAAAAACCCAACAUGUACACCUCCGAGAAGCUGCUGUCAGUGUUGUGAGAUUUUUUCAGUGUGUCUGUAGUGCAAGGCCUGCCAGGUGUGCUCACAGGAGCACCAGCCUUCCUUCCAGCAUGCUGCAUGUGCUCCAUUAGCUGCUCUGCAGGAGAGGUUUUCCAGCAUCAGUAUCACCAAAGCACACUUCACUGCUUCAUUUCAUGCUCCUUCCUGCACUGCCAGUCUCUGCUCUUACCCUGGCCAUGCUCAGUACCCAGUUUGAUCUCAACACAGCAAUUUAUUACACAAAAGCCAUCCUCUGAAUGAAUAAGGAAUUUAAAACCCACUGCUGGUUGUUGAGAAGAGGCAAAAGAAUGAUAAUUAAAUCUAGACUGAAUUUCUCUUGGGUCAAAUUCAAUCCCAAGUGAAAAAGUUUAUUCCUGGCUAAGGAGCAGAGGGUAAGAAGUCCUGGAGCUGUAAAAAGCCCAACUCAUUACCCCUCCACCAGUUUGGGAAGCAGGGAACCAUCACUUCCCUGCCACGAGGGAGAAUUCUGGAGGAGGAUAAACUGCUCAGUAAGUUUUAUUCUGAGCAACUCCUCAUUCAUCCUUCAACCUCCUCACUCCCUGCUAGCCCAGCUUUCAGAGCAUAACUUCUCCCCCAGUUGCUGUCUGCUUCUCACCUGCACAUCCCCUCACGCUGUGCCCUCCGCUGCUCUCAGCCUGGCAGAGCUGCAGCUUUCUCACCUCAGCAGCUCACAUUAUUUCAUCAGCCUGCCUUGGCCUCUCCCCAUUACGGAGCAAUGUGUGAUGAUGAUUGAAGGCAAUUUUAUAUGAAAAAUUUUCACCUACAGCACUAAAAAGUGAGAGUCCCAUUGCUGAAGCCCAUUAGUUUGAGAGGACAGGUCUGCGGCACUUCCAUGAAUCCCAAAGCUGUUGAAUUUUUAUUUUUUUUAAUAAACAGCUGAUGUGCUUUUUCUGCCAACAUAGCCUGGUACCACUAGGGACGCUCUAUAGCUACAUCUUUACUAAAGAACGUAACAGCCUGACAUCAGGCCUGGCAUGGGGUUGUAAAAGUCCUGCAGUGCUUUUUCAAAAAGCUUGUGUCCAUUGUGUCCUGUGAGUCCACAACUGAAGCAUUUGAGAAAAAUAUGUUUAUAUAGCAAAUUCUUCCAUGAGCCUUUAGAAGUUUUCUUUUUGACCAAAAAAAAA